AGAAGCAUUAGCCAAUUUCUGCAAAAAUUCUCUCUAAGCAACGUCCAUUUCUCCAAUCCAAAUUCCGCCGAAUGACGACCUCCGUCAAGAACAACUUCUUCCCUCCUUCUCUUAUCUCUAAUCUUCAGCAAGUUCUCAUCAACCGGAACGAUGACGACGGCGGCGGCGGCCUCGAACAAACUUCUACUAAGGAUAAUGAUCCGAUUGAAGCUGUUGUUGCUUCUUCAUCUCCAAGAAGCAAUGUCCAUAGCAAUGGAUGUGAAGAUUCUGAAAAGGAAAUUGUUUUGGUUACAAAUGGAGAGGGAAUAGAUUCCCCUGGUCUCACUUCUCUCCUCGAGGCUCUUGUUCGUGAUUCUCGUUUUAAUGUUCACGUCUGCGCUCCUCAAUCAGACAGAUCCGUAUCUGGUCACUCGGUGACCGUUAGGGAGACUGUGGCUGCUUGUUCUGUUGAGAUUAGCGGCGUCACUGCUGCCUAUGAAGUUUCUGGAACUCCUGCGGAUUGUGUAUCUUUAGCUUUAUCGGGGACAUUAUUUUCUUGGUCUAAGCCUGUCGUGGUAAUCAGUGGAAUAAACAGGGGAUCAAGCUGCGGCCAUAAUAUGUUCUACUCAGGGGCUGUUGCUGCUGCCAGAGAGGCAUUGAUUUGUGGCGUGCCCGCUCUUUCCUUAUCCCUGAACUGGAAGAAUGGAGUAAGCUCGGAAAGACUUAAGGACGCAGCCAGUGUUUGUUUACCAUUACUGUAUGCUGCUAUAAAAGACAUCAAGAAGGAAAAGUUCCCCAAAAGUUGCUUAUUAAACGUAGAAAUUCCUACUUGUCCCAUUGCAAACAAGGGCUUCAAAGUAACCAGACAGAGUUUAUGGAGAUCCUCUUUGAGCUGGCAAGCAGUGUCAGCCAACAAGCAUCCAUCUGUCGGCCAUUUUAUGUCCAAUCAACAAAGCCUUGGUAUGAAGCUUGCACAACUUAGCCGAGAUGCCUCCGCAGCUGGUGCAGCUCGCCGCCUGAACUCACAUAGGAAGCACGUAGAGAUUGAAUCUGUUGGGGUUGCGGGAAAAGUGAAUUCCCCAAAAACAGUAAAGAAAUACUUCCGUUUAGAGUUCUCAGAAAAGGAGGAGGAAAAUGUUGAAGAGGAUCUAGAUUUUACAGCGGUUGAAAAUGGAUUUGUAUCGGUGACCCCAUUCUCUUUAACUGUUCAGCCGGAAAUCCAAGCUUUGGUGACUAAUUGGAUUACAGCUGCACUCGCCAGCGAGCAAUAAAACACCCUCUUCCAGCAUUGUGAAGUAAUUAAGAUUGCGUUUAGCUGGUUUCUACCAAGUGCACUCUGUAUUAUCUACCUAGUGUAAGUCCCUGUUAAACUUAAAUUUCAGGAGACUCGACUCGAGCCAUGAAUUUAGAACUUUUGACAUUUGAGGUUCAAAAUACUUCGUCUUGUGCUUUGCUUCUUGGCCUUGUACCUACUUAUGAAUGUUUAUAUAGUCUUCACUCUUUGUGGUCUUGCAAA